AUAUUGAUAUGUACAUAUUUAUACAUGCGUGCGUAUGUGAAUAAACAAGCGUGUAUAAUACCUGCGAGUAUCACUUUUUUUUUCCUCCUCCCCCCCCCAAAAAAAAUAUUCGUGUACAUAUCUGCGCCUUUACUGUUUUAAGGAAUUGCAUAAACAACAAUUUUUUUGCGAGUAAUUAGUUAUUAUGUUUUAUAAGAAUUAAAAAAAAAAAAAAAAAAAGCACAAAAAUUAAAGCAUAAAUAUAUGUAAAAUAAGCAUUUACGUACGUACACAAUACCUAAUCACGCAACUCCCUUGUAUUUUUGUUUUAUGUAUUCAUUUUAUCUCAUAUACACUUUUCCAUUUUGAUAUUUAGUAUUUAUUACGUUUUAAAAACAAUUUAUUUUAUUUUUUUUUUUUGUUUUAUAACCAUUCAUUCAUAUAAAAAUGAGAGAAGUAAUAAGUAUUCAUGUAGGACAAGCUGGUAUUCAAGUUGGAAAUGCUUGCUGGGAACUGUUUUGCCUAGAACAUGGAAUACAACCGGAUGGUCAAAUGCCCUCGGACAAAGCUGCCAGAGCAAACGAUGAUGCUUUUAAUACCUUUUUUUCAGAAACGGGUGCAGGAAAACACGUCCCACGUUGCGUCUUCGUCGACCUAGAGCCAACCGUUGUAGAUGAAGUGAGAACAGGAACAUAUCGUCAGUUGUUUCACCCUGAACAAUUAAUAUCAGGAAAGGAAGAUGCCGCAAACAAUUUCGCAAGAGGUCACUACACCAUAGGAAAGGAAGUCAUAGAUGUGUGCCUAGACAGAAUUAGAAAGCUAGCCGAUAACUGUACAGGUCUACAAGGCUUUCUAAUGUUUAGUGCUGUUGGUGGUGGUACCGGAAGUGGUUUUGGCUGUUUAAUGUUAGAAAGAUUAUCAGUUGAUUAUGGAAAGAAGUCGAAGCUGAACUUUUGCUGCUGGCCUUCACCUCAAGUAUCAACAGCUGUGGUGGAACCAUACAACUCAGUUUUGUCCACCCACUCUCUACUAGAACACACCGAUGUGGCGAUCAUGUUAGACAAUGAAGCUAUCUACGACAUAUGUAAAAAAAAUUUGGACAUCGAAAGGCCCACUUAUACAAACUUAAACAGACUAAUAGCGCAGGUCAUUUCGUCUCUAACGGCUUCUCUACGAUUUGAUGGUGCCCUAAAUGUGGACGUUACAGAGUUUCAAACGAACUUAGUGCCUUACCCACGUAUCCACUUCAUGUUGUCCUCAUAUGCUCCAGUUGUUAGUGCUGAAAAGGCUUAUCACGAACAAUUAUCAGUAUCAGAAAUUACCAAUUCGGCUUUUGAACCAGCAAAUAUGAUGGCUAAAUGUGAUCCUCGUCAUGGUAAGUACAUGGCUUGUUGUUUAAUGUACAGAGGAGAUGUUGUCCCAAAGGAUGUCAACGCAGCUGUUGCUACGAUUAAGACAAAAAGAACAAUUCAGUUUGUUGACUGGUGCCCAACUGGAUUUAAAUGUGGUAUUAAUUACCAACCACCGACUGUUGUCCCCGGGGGAGAUUUGGCCAAAGUGAUGAGAGCCGUCUGCAUGAUAAGCAACUCCACCGCAAUUGCUGAAGUGUUUUCAAGAAUGGACCAGAAAUUUGACCUCAUGUAUGCUAAGAGAGCGUUUGUCCACUGGUACGUUGGAGAAGGUAUGGAGGAGGGAGAGUUUAGUGAAGCUAGAGAGGAUUUGGCCGCUUUGGAAAAAGACUACGAAGAGGUCGGCAUCGAGACCAACGAGGGUGAAGGGGAAGACGAAGGAUACGAAGCGGAUUAUUAG